AUGAUUCGCUCAAACAAACGCAAGCACCAAAUAGUCUCUGACGGCUCCAAUGGAUCGGCUUCAGACAGCUCGUAUGAGGAGGCGUUCUCCGGCGACGAAGUUGACAUUUCUUCUGCUUUAAUUGGUCAAAAACGUGGAGCUCCAGGGAAAACCGAGGACGAUGACAACGAUGAGGAUUUUGAAAACCUGAUCAGGACCUCGAUAUCGAAGCGGAAUGUUAGAGGAGGAACGGAUUUGCUGAAGAAGACGAAGGGAAAGUCGAAAAUAAUGAAGGGUGAAGUAGGCGGAGGUAGCUUUCAGAGUAUGGGUCUUCAUCCAUGGGUACUACGUUCCUUGACUCUGCAAGGUUUCCGUAUCCCAACCCCCAUCCAGCGACUCUCCAUACCAGCCCUGCUCGCCGAUCCACCUCGAGACCUCGUUGGAAUGGCCCGAACAGGUUCGGGAAAGUCACUUGCGUAUAUGGUUCCCCUAGUGCAGCGUCUGGGGGGUCGGCAUUCGUCCACGUUUGGUGCUCGAGCAUUAAUCUUGCUGCCUUCUCGAGAACUCGCUCUGCAAAUUCUCAAGGUGGGAAAGGAGCUCGUCCGAGGUUGGCACGCAGGCGAUGGGGGUCAUGCCGGAGAUGCAGAGGACCAGAAUGAUGGGAAGAAGGGUCAAAGCCUGCGGUGGAGUCUGAUUGUCGGUGGUGAGGGCUUGGACGAGCAGUUCGAGAUGAUAACGAACAAUCCAGAUGUUAUCAUUGCAACUCCCGGCCGACUGCUACACCUCAUCGUCGAGAUGAACCUUGACUUGAAGUCUGUUCAAUACGUCGUGUUCGACGAGGCAGAUCGUCUCUUCGAAAUGGGUUUUGAGACUGCUCUGACUGAGAUCCUUCAUCGUCUUCCUGCCACUCGUCAAACUCUACUAUUCUCAGCUACACUGCCCAAAAGCCUUGUGGAUUUUGCCAAAGCAGGUCUACAGAACCCCAAGCUCGUCCGGCUUGAUGCCGAAUCGAAGAUCAGCAAUGACCUGAAGAUGGCAUUCUUUUCCGUGCGACAGGCUGAGAAGGACGCAUGCCUGCUCGUUCUGCUCCGUGAUGUAAUCGAAGUUCCUCUUGAAGCAUCUACCAAGAGAACAGAAGAAGACGAGCCAGCGGAUGAAAAGAAUAAGGGAAAAGUCAAAGCUAAAUAUCACGAACACACCACAGCACCUCACCAAACUAUAGUCUUCACAGCUACGAAGCACCACGUGGAGUAUCUCUCAAACCUAUUAAAGAGCGCUGGGUAUGCCGUUUCCCAUAUCUACGGCUCGCUGGACCAGACAGCACGUACACAGCAGAUGGACCAGUUCCGCCGUGGGCACACGAGCGUGUUGGUCGUCACGGACGUCGCCGCGCGUGGUAUUGACAUUCCAGUUCUGGAGAAUGUCGUCAAUUACGACUUCCCGCAGGGUGCAAGAGUGUUCGUGCAUCGUAUCGGGCGCACAGCUCGAGCCGGAAGACAAGGUUGGGCCUGGUCGUUCGUGACGAACACCGAGUUGCCGUACUUGCUGGAUCUUGAACUCUUCCUGGGUCGAACUAUCAAAAGCGAAGUUUCUACAGGCAGCGAUGCGGUAUAUACUGAAUCACUGAUCCUGGGUCCAUUCGAGCGGGACCGAAUUGAUGAAGAAGUAGAGUACAUCAGGAGACUCGACGAAGAAAACCACAGCCUCAAGAUACUCAGGGAAGUAAUGAAGAAGGGACAAGGUAUGUACGAGCGCAGCAAAGGCAAAGCAAGCCAGGCCAGUUACAAGCGCACCAAAGACAUGAUCAAAGACGGGAGAUGGGGGCUCGUCGGAAACGGGUCGGAGUCGGGCAUCCACCCUGUGUUCCUCCGGAGCAAAUAUGGUGCAACGGCUGCAAUAACGCUGGUCGAAGAAUCGAGGAGGAAGGCAUUACUGAGGGCGGUCAACUCCUUCAAGCCUGCAGAGACCGUCUUGGAGAUUGGUGCAAAGGGUAACACGGAGACAGCAAUGUUGAUGAAGCAGAGACGCAAGGCAUUAGACAAGGCUGUUCAGAGAGCCUCUCUCGCAUCUACCUCCAAGAUUCCCGCUCCAGAUGAGGAUGAGAAUGCUGCCGAUAGUGAUGCGGAGAGCAUGGAGAUGGCGAAUGAAGAGGAGAUCGCCGCUGUUUUCGAUACGUAUCAUAAAAGUAGCAAGGGCGGCCAAAACAGCUUCAGGGAUUCUGAGUUCUACAUGUCACAUUACCAGAGGAAUGCGGAAACGGAAAAAGGUUAUUCUCUGAGGGACGGCGCGACAUUCGCCGAGCAAGCGAGAAAUGUCACCUUCGACCUGGCUGGUGACGAAGGUGCAUUGAAACGCAAGCGUCAUGAACUAACAUGGGACAAAAAGAAAAAGAAAUUCAUCAAGGGAGCUGGAGAGGGUGCCGAUAAUGUCAGGAUGGUAAGAACCGAGAGUGGCGUCAAAUUACCGGCCUCGUAUCGGAGUGGACGUUUCGAUGAAUGGAAGGCGAAGAGCCGCGUCAGCUUACCCAAGGUCGGUGAAGCGGAGUCAGAGGGGAUGCAAAGGAAUAGGUCUUUCGGUCUUGGGGGAAGAAAGUAUCGACACAGCCAAGUUGUCGACGCAAGGCCUCUUGACAGACUUGCGAAGGGCUACGAGAGGAAAGUGAGGCAAAAAACGAAGAAGGAGCUUGGUGCUGAUGGAGGGGAUGCUGUUGGUUCACCGUCGAGGCCACCACCGUCUGGGAAGAAGGGGAAGACCGUCAGUCGGAGGUUUGGCGGAAAGCCCGCAGGAAGGAUCAAGAAUGAACUUAAGACAGUGGAUGAAAUUAGAAAGGCACGAAAAGUGACGGAGAACAGGAGAGCAAAGAAUGCCCGAACCAGUCGGCGGAAGGGGAAGAGGUGA